AACGAACGUCUAGAGCGCCUCCACGUCACCCGUAGGGACCGUAAUGCGUCCAUGAACCCGCACACGCCACGGUAGGUUCCCCAGUUCCCCCUCCGUCGACCUCGAGGACCCCUCCUCACUCUCUCCGCAGGCAGAGCGGAGCAGCGAGCCCGAAGCAAUGGAUAGAUACCAAAGGGUGGAGAAGCCUCGGAAUGAGACACCCAUUCGUGAGAAUGAGAUCAGGAUCACUGCGCUCGGGAGGAUGAGGAACUAUAUCGGCUACGGGAUGUCGUUGCUUGAGGAAAAUGGGCAUGAUGAGAUCACUAUCAAAGCCAUGGGACGAGCCAUAAAUAAGACGGUCAUGGUUGCUGAAUUGAUCAAGAGAAGGGUUGCUGGUCUCCAUCAGAAUACGUCUAUUGAAUCUGUUGGCAUCACUGACACAUGGGAGCCUCUGGAAGAAGGCCUUGUCCCGCUAGAGACAACUCGUCAUGUAUCAAUGAUUACCCUAACAUUGUCCAAGGAACCAUUGGAUACGUCAUCUCCAGGGUACCAGCCACCCAUACCAGCUGAAGAGGUGAAACCUGCUUUUGAUUAUGAACAUGAAGGAUCCUUUCCCUCUGCUCGUGGGAGAGGUCGUGGUGGACCUGGUGGCGGCCGAAGGGGCAGGGGCAGAGCUAUUAGCAAUGGACCCCCUCCUUAUGACUGGGGUGAAGAAUGGGAGGAGGAUGGAGACUAUUACUACAAUGGUAGAGGCAGAGGGAGAGGCCGGCUAAGAGGAAGGGGAAGAGCCCGUGGCUACUAUGGAGGUGGUCGACGUGGUGGCUAUGGCUAUGAUUACGGUUAUGGUGGCAGGGGCGGCUACUAUGAAGAGCAGGGUGGAUACUUUGAUGGCGAACCAGAUGAGUAUCACCCCCCUCCAGGCCGUGGGCGUGGCAGGGGAAGAAGAAUGGAGCAGAGUGAAUACUACAAUGGCGAACCAGAUGAGUAUCGCCCUCCUCCAGGCCGUGGGCGUGGCAGGGGAAGAUGGAUGGAGCAGAAUGAAUACUUCGACGAACCUUAUGAAUACCCCCCUCCAGGCCGUGGUCGUGGCAUGGGAAGAAGGGGAGGCCCAUGGCGCGCCCGAGGCCGCGGGCGUGGUCCGAUGCUAGAUUGAACUGGGGCAUGCAAACCGCAAGCCAUGAAGCUAGCACUGCUGCGCUUAAUUACCUAAUAAUGGUUUUUGCUUACGGUGUUGCUCCAUGUAUGGGGCUCUCUGACGUGAAUCUUUAUGGCCUCUGAUGCUGUACGACUUGCCGCCGGGCAAAUUUUAUGUGGCUUACCUGUGGUUUGUUUAGCUAGGCCAGCCAGCAAAGUACCUCAACACCUAGUAGAACGUGUGAAAUACCUGUAUGUUUCAGCCUCCCGUGUAGUUAUCUCGGGUUUUAGCUCUCUGUGGAUGUGAGUGCCGAGUAGGCUUGUUUGCUUCGAA